AGAAACGACUCAGCAGCAGCUUCACUCAGAAAACCAUAAACCCUAGUCCUGCUUCUUCUACUUCCUCCCUUCGAAACCGCUCUCUGAUGGAGGACCAAGAAGACGCUGCUGCUGCAACAAAUUCAAACCAACCAGCUAUAUGCGAAGAGUGCAAAUCUAACCCAUCAAAGUACAAAUGUCCAGGUUGCGCAAUACGCUCUUGUAGUCUUCCUUGCGUCAAAGCUCACAAACAACGCACUGGUUGUACGGGCAAGAGGCACCGAACCGACUUCAUCCCUAUUUCUCAAUUCGACGACAAUCUCCUCCUAUCUGACUAUAAUAUGCUUGAGGACUCGAAGAGGGUCGCUGAAUCUGCUCAGAGAAUGAGAGAAAAAUUGUGUGGAUAUUCCCAUUUUAGGCUUCCUUCUCACCUUCAACGCCUUCGGAGUGCCGCGGCAAGUCGGAGGACGAAACUCCUGUUUCAUUCAAGUGGAAUGACAAAGAGGAAGACAAAUCAAUCUUGCUACAACAACAGGAAGAAAUUCAUCUGUUGGACAAUUGAGUGGCGGUUUCAUUCAACUGAUAUUGUAUUGAUUGACCAUAGAGUACAUGAAAAUACAAACCUCUACUCAGUGAUUGAGAACCAUUUAAAACCUGGCCCAUGGAAUCAUCGGCUGAGGCAAUUCUGUGAGGAGCCGCUGGAUUCUCUCAAAUUUUUCAUCCGUAAAUAUCCAAAGGGCCCGAGAUCACCUUUCCGUGAAUUGGAUUUAAAGUCUCCCAUAUGCCAACAAUUAGCUGAUUUGGUUAUUUUGGAGUACCCUGUUAUUUAUGUUUUUCUCCCUUCACACAGUAAUAAUUUUGAAGUUAUUAAAGAUACAAUUCCUCAUAAACCAGAGCUUAAGGAGUCUGCGAACAAUAAUAACCCAAGUCCCCAAGGCGUGACCUUCAGGGAGGAGAUAAUAGAAGAUGGGAGCUGUUCGGGUCCUAAGGUUUUGGAUCUCAUGCAGCAUGUCAAACCGAAUACAGUAUUCCAGAUACCUGAUCGAGACAGGAGGGCUGAGAAGGAAGUAACUGACACAUUAGACAAACCAUUGUUGGCAAAGGUUGCCCAAGCUACCAAACCAGUCUUGAAGAAUGGCGUGCACAUUCAUAAAACUGAAGAUGACCAUAUGUAUUCCAGCUGCAAGACCAAAGAACCUGGAUUUUUUGAGGACAUUGAUUUUGUUUUUGAGCAAGGGUUAAUGGAUGUGUACUCCGAUCUUGUGGAACAAACUAAUCCUGAUGAAUUUUUUGAUUUUGAAGAUUUAUUUACUGAGGAAGUUGAACUGGAAGGAAGAGAAGAUCACCCAGAUUUCAGUGGUCUCAUUCAAGUGGAGGAAGAACUAGAAGAAGGAGAGAUACCUGGAUCUUGAAUUCUUGAUGCUUUAUUACUUUUGUCUAGAAUGAUUCAAACGCACGUCUUUCAGAAGUUUUUGCUGAAGUUUUCUGAAUUUAAUUUGCUCAUCGGUGUUGAGCUGACAGUUGUACCAGUUAUGAAGCAAGGUUCUCAAGACUUGAUGCAAAAUUAUUUGAGAAGCACUUCUUUCCUUCAUAUGGACCCUAGGGAGGGUAGGAUCCGUCCAGUAUCAUUUCAAAUAUCCUGGAGUUCAAUGAAAAUGUUCAUGAUGCCUAAAAUGGCAAAAUUCCGAUCUGGGCAACAGGAUGUCUAUAAUUUGCAACUGCACUUGCCACUAUAGUUAUUGUAUGGUCUUUUUUUGUUGCUGCAGGGUGUAAAGUCUUCUGCUCAUGGGAUUUUUGGUUGUUUCCAAAUAUUUUAGAUAUGAUUUUUGGAGUUUGUUACGUUA